AUGGAACUCACUUGGAGAGAAAACUUCGACUCCGUGGAGAUAAGGCUGAAAAAGGAAGGAAGCGGAGAAGGUGACCAGCGCAAAAAAAGCGUCUUCUCCGAUGUCAGGUGCAUAGAAGACCUAUGCUUCUACGACGAACACGUAGUAGAAAUGGAAAAGGCAAAAGACCUCCUAAUAUCAGACACGUACAUCAAAAUAAACCACAAAAAUAAAAUCGUCAACAUCGAUUUGUAUGACAAAAUAAGCAUGGACAAGGAGCACGUACAGGUUAGAGAAAACACCCAAUUUAUUAUCUUAAAUUUGAAGAAAAAAGAAAACAAAUUAUGGGGACAUUUAAAUUACUUCAAUAUUUUCCUCAUAUACAAAAAUGCCACAUAUCCAAAUUUGAUAAAAUGCACAAAGGAAGAAAAGAAUAAAUUAAUUGCACAGGAGCAGAAAUUCAAAUCGAUAAUUAAUGAUAGGAGAAUCAACAGUUUAGAUGAUCUAAAGAAAAUGCUCAAGAGAGAUAAAAACUCGCGAGAUGACUUUAUCAAGAAGCUGCAGGAUGAUGCACAAAGGAUACAGUCCCAGUUGGAGGAACAAAAAAAUGAGCUGCUGAGAAAUCAGAAGGAAGAAAUCCGCAAAAGAGCGAUUGAUUCAAUAUAUCAAGAUUGUGACGUAGGCGAAAUGGAUAAACUGGAUCAGCACAAUGAGGUAGACACGGGAAAUUGCUCACAUCGAAAUGUGGAGAACCCUAACGAGCUCAUCAUUUCUGAAGAAAAUAAAUCAAAUGAUAUAAAUAGCCAAGUGGAAGAACUCGUCCGAGAUAACCCAGGAAGUAACCAUCAAUUGGUAGUACCCUGCUCCGACGUAGUUACGAAAAACCAGCCUAAACUACUACUACUUCAAGAUCGAACAACACAAAAUAAGGUUAUCGAAUUGAAGUUUACUCAAAUGAAGAGGAACGAACUCCCUGCAAGAGAAUCCAGAAUGCUGAAGCAGAAGUUACCCAGCUGCACUUCCACCAAAAAUUUCUUCCUCAUCGUUUUGAUAGAAAAGGCAAAGAAGCUCUACUUCAAGAAUUCCGAUUUUGUCAGUUGCUUGGAGACACUCAAAUCGGUGUCCUCCUACCUGCUCAUGGGACACGAACUAAUUAAGGAGGAACACAUAAAGGUGCUGAACAAUUAUUCCCUCCUCCACCUGCUGACGAACAACUUGGAAGAAUGCAUACGAGCAUGUGACAACUGUUUGUUCAUAAUAAAUGAAGAAAUAAAAUGCUACAAUGUACAGGAUGCCAUUUUUGAGGAAAACACACCAAGGGAUGGAAGCAGCUGUCAUAUGAAGACAUGGAACACGUUAGAAAAAAUAAAAUCACAAAACUAUGUUCAGUAUAUGUAUAGCAUCUACACAAUUGUCAGUGCUAGAAAAGUACUUGCGUUGAUUAAACAAGGGGGAGAGACCCAAUUAGAAAAUGUAGAAAAAAUUUACCUCUCAAUUGAAGACAUAAAAAGAUAUUUACCAUGUCACAUUUUUGAGGAUUUCCAAAAGGGAAUUGAAAAUUUGAAAAUUUUCACCACCUUGCUGAGAGAAGUACGCACCCUCAACUUGGAAAACAUUUCAUACACUGUCCAAGUAAAGCAUAGACUAGAAGUAGUCAACAAACAUAUGGUAGGGAAAUAUCUGCGACGAGAUAUUUCUUUCUGUUUCUCCUUCACCAUGAUCAGAUCGUUUAGUUUAAAGAACCUGAACAGAUAUUACGAAAACGUUGUCAAUAUUAUGCUGUGCAUUUUUGUCCUAAUAGAAAAACAACAAGAAAUUUAUUUCCAUCUAAAUAAUGUACAACAUUGUGAAGUUUCCAGUUUUACUCUUCUUCACGUAUAUCAGUUUGUCCUUCUCAUUAAAAAUGAAAGUAGCUUUUGUGACAAAAUGGGCCAAAUGGAAACCCUGGAUGUAGGCUUAAUUGAAUGCCCUCAAAUGAGAGACGAAAUUAUGCGCAUUUUGACCAACUACUUAGUGGGAGGAUACAGCGACUUGGAUUUUCUUCUUCAAAAUAAUAUGUGCUUGCAGGGGAUCCUAUGCGCCAUUUGUCGAGAUCGAGGUGAUAUACUCCAAGGAGAAGCGCUGCAGAAACGCUUCGAAAAUAAUCAGAAGGAAGAAGAACUCCCAAUUGAACAACCCACAACGAAUGGGUGCCAACCAAAUGAGCAACUCUUCCCCCUUAGGGACAUCCUCUUACAGAAUAUUCCGUACAAAAUGAAGAAGGGAGAAAAAAUCGUCAAACAUUUCUGUAGAGCAAAUACACAUACAUACCAAGUGAAGGUUGAACUCUUUGGAAGUGUGACAGAGUACCUGAACGUGAAGCAAAAAUGUGAGUUGCUCAAAAUAGAGAUUGUCACAAAAAUGAUAAAGUCAAUGUGCUAUACGCUAAAUAUAGUACAAAAAGUGCACAAGGAAAAUGAAAAAAAAAAGACGCAGCUAAAGAGAGUUAUCUACACCUUACUAGCUGAUUUAUCAUGGAGCAUCCAGAACAUGAACCCCUCGUGUGGAGAAUCGGAAAAUGUGGUUAGUCUCCUACUUCUCUACUUUUGCUUUUCCUUUAUUUAUAACUACCCCAAAAAUGAGUUCAUCAUCGACACGCAUUACAAAAGAGUCAACGAGGAAACUCAUUCGAAGUACCUCUCCCUGAAUGAUGUCGCAGAAGAAGGAAAAACAUUUUCCAAAGACAAGUUAAAAAGCAUGCUAGAGAAAACGUUCCUAUAUAAAUUUUUCUUAGACUACAAAAAAUAUAUUGAUUUGGAAAAAAAAAAAAAAAAGUACAAGUUCUGUAGAAUUCACAUCACAACAUGA